AUGGAGACGGAGACGUGUCUGCCUUUCUCCCCGCAGACCAGCAGGAGGACGCCGGCGAACUCCCCGGGCCUGGAGCACGGCGGCUCGGGCUCCUUCCUGUCCUGCGACGAGCUGCAGAAGGGCCCUCACCUCCCUCCCCCGCCUCCUCCUCCUCUCCCUCCCGCCGCCGGGGCCGCUCCUCCUCACCGGCUCAGCCUGCGCGCGGACCUGUACGCCGCGGCCAUGGGCCGGUUCGGUGACGCGGCGGCGGACUUUACGCACGGCGGCGCGCCCGCCAACGCGCCCGGCUCACCGUCCAAGCACAAGUUCCUGGAGAGUAUAAACCAGGAUCCGAAGGGGGGGUCGAUCAAGGCCGCUUUUUAUGAGAACAACACAGAAGUCAGGGAGAAAGGCCCUCCGAAGGCCAUGGGCUACCCGGGGAUGGGUCCGGACUGCUGUGGGAAGCUGAAGGAGCCGGGCGGCGGCCUGCAGGGAGACUCCAUCGCCGACUCCAUCGACUUAUCAGGGAAGAACAAGAAGCGGCGGAACCGCACCACCUUCAGCACCUUCCAGCUGGAGGAGCUGGAGAAGGUGUUCCAGAAGACGCACUACCCUGACGUUUACGCCCGGGAGCAGCUGGCCCUGAGGACGGAGCUCACCGAGGCUCGAGUUCAGGUUUGGUUCCAGAAUCGCAGAGCUAAGUGGAGGAAGCGGGAACGUUAUGGGAAGAUCCAGGAGGUCCGCAACCACUUUGCUGCUACAUAUGACAUCUCUCUCCUCCCGCGGCACGACGCCUACCAGAUGCAGAGCAACCUGUGGCCGGGGCCGACCUCCGGGGGCGGCGGCGGCUCGGCCGCCGGCUGCGUCCUCGGGCCCGACUCCAUCCCCUCCUCCUGCAUGAGCACGUACCCUCACCCCCACGGCAACCUGCAGGGCUUCAUGGGCAUGCCGGCGUCCCCCAGCCACCCGCACCACCACCACCACCCGACGCACCACCCGGGCAUCAACGGCCUCUACUCGCUCCACAGCUUCCCCGGAGGCCUGGGCUCCCCCUCCAUGGAGGUCCCCGAGACCGAGUACAAGCCCACGGGCCUGGUGGCGCUGCGGAUGAAGGCCAAGGAGCCGGGCAGCAUCCUCUCCUGGCCGACAUGACCACAGCAGCGCCGCCUCCCCCAUCAUGCACUGACUGAGCCAAAGCGUAUUUUG